AUGCCCUCUACUCUUUUGCUUCCCUACCUCUACCAUCACCCGCCGUCUCCACUCCCGGCUCCCGCCUCUCUCUCUCCCUCCGAAAUCAUCAACCAUCCAUUCACCAUGCCUAUCAAACGUGUAACUAGGAGCUCGAGCCGCAUAUUGGAUGCCACCCCAGCCAACCCCCCUGCCCCUGCUCCCGCCCAUGCUGAAACAUCCCAAACAUCGCAAGGAAGCGGAAACUCACCGCGGAGGACACGUUCUGGACGAAUCCUUGGUCAGAUCGCGUCCGUCGCGACGAAGCUCACCGGAGGACGUCGAGUGCGAAAAACCGCGACGAUCGAAACCAUCGACGAGGUUCAUGACAGCGUUUGCGUCGUCCCAGCCACGGACCCUGACCCUCCCCAACCACGGCAAGCGCCCGCUCCCCGCAAGCGGGGCGGCAAGGCCGCCAAGCAGAUCGAUAGCGGAGAACAUAUGGGUGGUGAUGAUCUUACCGUCCCUUCACUGAAGACCGCGCCUGCUGCCCCGCCCGCGCCGAGCAAGCCUACCGCUGCUAUGAAACGCACGAGGUCUUCUAGGAAGCUCCCGGGAAAGGCUCAGCUCAAGACGGCCGAGCCUGCGACGGUCGACAACCCUCCCGAGCCCACCGCCCCAUCCGUUCCUCCCAUUCAGAAGGGGCCAAGCGUCCCAAAGACCGUCGAGGAGUUCGAGCGCAUCGCGCAGGACAUACGCGAUUUCAAUCACACCGUUCUCACCCGCGCCAACCUUGUGAAGAGGAAGCUCGACUACCAGACCAGCGUCUACGUCGGCAGCAGGCUCACUCUCUGGGACCCACCCAAGGAGGCACUGUACCUCCUUCACAACGCGUACAUCCAGGAGCAGCCCUCCCUCCCGUAUAUGAAUGACCCUCAGGCUGAGAUCAGCUCAGACAACGAGCACCCUGGGGUACGCGAUGCCGACGUGACGCUCCAUGUGCCGGCAGCCUGGGACGAGGAAAACCCCGAUCCAGUAGUCCUUCCUUCCGUCCAUGACGAUCAACGCGAGCCGGCUCCCGUCGAUCCCAUCGCUGAAGGCGACGCCUGUGCUGUUCGGCCCGGUCGCCUGCAACGUGAGGGCGCCGUGAUCCUUGGGCAGCCAGAGAUUCAGCCCGCCCCAGAGUCUCAAUCGACACAAGCGGCUGCCGCAGCGGUGUCGGCGUCUGGCAGCAAUGCUCCGUCCCGACCACGACCCGCCCCUCUCAAACGGCAUAACGCUGUCAACUGGGGCUACCCACCAGGGUACCAUCCCGAAGGCUCGAGCUCUCAGCCGGCGGUCGAAUCUAUCUCUGUUAGUGGCGCUGGUCCUCUGCCUAAGCGUGCCCCUCUCAAGCGGCACAAUGCGGUAAAUCUGGGCUAUCCUGAGGACUACCGUCCGAGCCAGGCGCCGGAGCAGCCGUGCGAAAUUCCCGCGUCCAAUCACGGACCAGCCGUAUCCGUGGACGGACCUGCUACCGCCAUUGUCGGAUCCAACCCAGCCCCCAACGGAAGGGCCGCCCCUCCCAGCGUGUCCGCACCUAGCGCGGUUCGACGACCUGGUCGUCUUCAACGCUCAGACGCAGUCAUCCUGGGAUAUCCCGAAGGUUACACUCCCCGCUCCCCCUGGCCAUCGUGGGUGAUCACCAGGUCAAGCAACGCCGUGGACUCGCAAGCGUCACAGAACCCAGCCGCGGUCCCUCGCCGCCCCCUUUCGCGGUCUCGUGCUCGCGAGGAAGAAUUGGACGAGCAAGCAAUCGAGGCAGACCUCAGCGUCGAAGAAGACCCGGAGACCGCAGAAGCUCGCCUACGCCUCAUCCGGCUUGAGCACGACGUCAACAACGCCCUCAUGUACCGCGAGCCCGGCGCUGUUCGUAAAUCCACCCCCGCACGCCGCCGCUCAGGAAACCCGCUCACGCGGCAGGCCGCCCACUACUUUGACGAGGAUGGGAACGCGAUCCUGUACGACAUCGAGGACGAUGAUGAGAUCGUCCAGCAGGUUAUUGGGCACGUCUUGCACGAGGUCGCGGAGGAGCGCGCGGCGCGCCUUGGGCCGUCCGGCUCUCAGGUCCCCUUGACACUCCACGAGCCUGGCCCUGGGCCUAGUGCUGCUCCCGCAGAAUCUCAUUCGCAGCCGCAGCCGUCGCAGCCCGGAGUGCAGCCCAAGCCGAAGGCGACUGGAGCGUUCUCCUCAGGGAUGAGCGCGUUCGCGCCGCGUCCUGUCGGGAACUCUCUCGGCAACGCUAAGGGUCAAGCUGCUCCAACUUCGCCCGACAAGGGCAAGAAGCGCGCACGCGAGUCCGACGACGCCCCACAGUCGCUCACGCUCUGGGGCUACGCUACGUCGGCAGGACCGCUGAAGGUCAACGUAUCGCUCUUCCCGAUUCCGAAGCGGCAGAAGCUAUCUGACGCUCGUGCUGAUGCUGCGACUGCGGAAGAUGGGGGCGCUGCUGCUUCGCCGGAUGUGCAGCCUCGACUAACGGGCGGCGCGAAGCGUUCCCGAGAAGAGUUUGAGGAAGACGGGGCGGACACAGGGACGGCGGAGGAGGCGAGCCCUGCGAAGAAGUCUCGUGUCGAUACUCAAUGAGUAUCAUGCAAAGGUUUGACAUUUCAUAUUCUCUCUUGUGAAGUACCUGUAGUUUAAUAAGUCGUCGGACUUCGGACGACAAUGUCU